AUGCUGCAUAUUGCAUCUUGGAUGUAUGUGAAUGCAAGGGUGCCCGCGUUUGAAAGACAAAGGAGAUGUCAAAUUCCUGCAUCUCGAACCUGUACGAGGACCAUCGUCAUGAACCGCGCGGCCGUCAAUGUCCUCCCUCCGAGUCAGUUCAAUACGUGGCCUGCCUGGCUGCGGAGAGUUCUGCGGAGAGAUUCAAGUGGUAUUGAGCCGCAGUGGGAGGGUAGCUGGCUCCUUGCCUCCGGGGGAGGUGGCACAGCAUCACUUUGGGUCACGUAUGAUGAGGCAAAUAAAGUCAGUGGGAGGAUGGUGGUAAAGUCGAUGGUCAUGUCGCACCGUGAUUGGUGGGAUCCUACUCUCUGGUCUGAUGGGCUAAAUGCUGUUGGAUAUCGCGACUUUGCUGCUCCUAUCAACCACAAUCAUCCACAAGAGGCCAUUAUAACUCAGCGGCUCACACAGAACGUUGGCCCUCCAAUUGCUCCUCAGACGAAAAAUCCUAUAUGUCAAUAUCUUGGAUACAGCGCUAUCGAUCAACAAAAUCGCCGCUGGAAGCUAUACCUUGAAUUCUGUCCCUUUGGAACUCUCGAUGGGCUUCACCUAGAGCUCUUCCAAACCGGGAGGCAGACCUUUCCAGAACCUUUCGUGUGGUAUGUGGCCGAGCAAGCUCUACUCGCAGCCAAGAUCUUCGAGCAAGGUGACACUGCCGCAGGAGUUCCUGGUUGGAGACCGCUGGUCCACAGAGACAUCAAGCCGGCCAAUGUACUUUUGGGAGAAAGAGAUACGACCCAAUUCCGACACUACCCUCGCCUGAAGUUCUGCGACUUUGGCCUAGUGUGCGAAACUGACGAGAACGAUAUCGUCAGCAACCCAAUUGAGUUUAACGAAGUGGGCACGGUUGGUUAUCGUCCUCCAGAGCAGAAGUUAUGGUACAAGAAAAACGGCAAGAUGGACUUCAAUCGCAGGCUGUCUCAAAAGACCAACGUCUGGGCGAUUGGUCGCUUGUGUUGGGCUCUUAAGAGCGGUAUCCGCGGCUUCAAUGCUGAGGAACCCGAUUACAAUAUCAUCAACGACCGCGUCCCACUGACUCUUGGAGGAGGAGAGCCAGAGCUUCGCGACUUCAUACUCGCCUGUUUAGCUUUCGAUCCGGCCCAAAGACCCACGAUUGAUGAGGCACUUGCUCUAGUUCGAUCGCCUGUAACUGGACGUGACAACUUUUUAGGCAUGCGGACUGCGCCAGUCGCGAUACAUCUGUCUCGAGAUCCCAAUCCCGAUAAACUAGAUCCUUAUCCAAGGGAUGAACAUGACCCCUAUCGACUUAAACUCGCAAGAGGGAGUCUUCCUCCGCGCCGAUGA